CUUCACUAAUUAUGGAACAAUCUUCUUCUCCACAUAAUUCUACUUCUCGGAGAAGAGAAGAGACAGAUUUCAACUUGAGAGAAUGGGGUCUUAAGGCCAGAAAUAUUAGCCGCGAAAACACCAACUCAAGAAGGUUCUCUGCUUCAUACAUUAGAAGUUUCAGAGAAGACACAAGAUCUUUCAGAUCAAACAUCACCAUAUCCAGCACUGCUUCUUCCCCUGGUUACUCCUUAAGAGAUGAGAUCGACCCUUCUACAUACUCAUUCACCACUGCUCUCCAAGCAUUGCAGGCGAGAGCGGCAUAUAAUUGUUGGGAAUGCUUAUCGCCAGAUGGGUUUGCUUUGAAUUCAAAGUGGAACGAAGCAGAGAAGUACAUAUGCAAUCCUCUGUCGGGAGAGUUUCCAAUGGAGUGCUUGUCUGCUAAAACUCUAAGUGGAAGAUCGUUUCGAAACUUGACUAACAGAAUAACAAUGUCGGCUCCUCUCAUUUACAACAAUAAUUCCCACUACUCUCGCCAAAUCCAAACAAAGCCUUUUUCUAAUACACCACAACAACAACAACAACAACAACAACAACAACAACAGCAGCAGCAACAACAAGACAUGCUUCAGUAUCACUUUCCAAUUCCAGAAAAGAGAAUGGAAGGCAUGAAAAGGGACGUGGGAACUCAAAGCACGCCGCCUGAGCUAAGCUCGAGCAGUCUUAGCCCUGCUUCGACACCACCCAUUACAGAGAGAUCGUUGAAUCGUUGUGAGGUUGAAGGUGGAGAUUCUCCUAAUUCAAAUGCAAAAUUACUAUUUGAAGAACAGUGCAGGUGAAAGUGAAAGAA